GAUCACAUACAGGAAGUCUUAAACAAGUGGGACCAAAUUGAUGAUGAAAUUUGGGCUAAAAUUAUCUGUAUGGAGAGAUAUCGUCGAGUAGCUAAAGCCUACGCCAGGACUCCUGUCCUAACUAUAAACGGAUCAGAUGAUGGGUUUGACGGAUAUAGAAUUGGUCUUUGUGGGUUUGAUAAUCCAAUGAGGGAUUCUGAAACCGAAGAGGUGAAACGCCAUAUUGGAAACGUGAGUGCUGAAAUUCUAAUUCGUUUAUUUUUUCAACGAAGUUCUGCAGGAGCACCACAGUUAGCAGUUUUAAAGUUAUUCGACAUGAAAAAAUUCCAACAUAAUGUAAGCAGAGAACUCAGAAGAGCUUAUCCCGACCGUAGAAAGCUAGAAACUCAGUGUGUGUCAGCUGUGGCGUUUGUGAAAGAUGCAGCAGAGUUAUUAGAAUGUCCAUGUUGGGUGAUGAUGAUAAACAUCGUAGCUCUAGACAUGCUAAAGUCAAAACUGCCAUUUAUGUCUAAGAAACAGACCACCCCCACAUUAAUAAAUAUGUUUGAUGGUCCUCGACUUCCUGUUCCUGAAGAGGAUCCAUACAGUGUGCCUUAUCCAGGAAUGUCCUCACGUUCCAUAAGUGCUCAACGUGAAUCACGUGAUAAACCUCCGAAACUGCCACCACGUGACUUGUCACACAUUUCUGUGCCUAAGCCCGAUUAUGACGACCAGAAACAAGAAGAAAAUUUUAAAUUUCCACCAGUACAGUCGUCCACCCGAAACAAAAAGUCAGGACAUCAAGAUGAUCCCUAUUACUGCGGAUUACGAGCUCGUGUUCCCAAUUUUGCCAAACGCGGUAAGAACGAAGUCAAGAAAACCCAUAGUUCUGGGUAUCUGAAUCUUCUAAGAUCCCAAGAACGAUCAUCGCAUGCGUCAAUUCUUGGUUCUGAGGGACUAAUUUCUAAGGAGGAGCAAUACAAACGUAUUUACAGCAGACUUCGACCGCAACCUCAUCACCAUUAUCCUCCGCGUGAACUUUACGUUGGAGAGUGGGAAUAAUAGUUUUGAAGUUGACGAAAAAAAAAAUGAAAAUAAGAAAGCUUUGUACAUCCACUAAUACUAUUAAUAUUUAACCAGAAACCAGUUUUUUAGGGACUUUGUCAUUAUCUUCUGAUUACUGGUUUUCCAUCGUCGUCUAAUGGCCGAAUAUUUCCUGAUUCUUGAAUAAUGAACCUCUUGCAAGUACUUUAUAGAAUAUGUGAAAAACUAGAAUAAACAACCUUACAUAAGCUUGUGAAUUAUUAUUAUUAUUAUUAUUUGAUAUGUGUGUAUGUAUGUAUGUAUGUAUGUGUGUGAUAAUUCUGGAUAUUGCCUAAAUACUGGUUAAUCACCCUUUACGUAAUAUCCAAAAUGUUGCAUACAUACUUUCUAGUGUAGGAUUAGGAAUAUUUAUUUCAUAAUAAAGUGGUAUUCAAAUACUUUGAUUGCUAACUUACAAUGUCAGAUAUGCUAAGAGUUAACCUUUUAUCAAAGUUGGUAGAGCAUUCACGGUUAAUUAGUAUCUAUUAACAACAUUAACUAAGUUGAGGUGUUUUUAUUUAGCUUUGAAAAAAUAUUUUUCUACUAUGAAU